AUGGCUAGCGAGCAGAACAACAACGGCCAAGUGCCCGCUCCAUACACAGAAGGCGGCAUCACCGACCUCCUGAACAUCAUCGAAGAGACAGAGCCUCUCCCAGACGAGGACAGCACCAUGGCAGCUCAGGGCCAAGACGACCUCGACGCCGCCCGACUUCAAGACGAGGACAGCACCAUGGCCGCUCAGGGCGAAGACGACCUCGACGCGACACCACUCCCAGCCGAUCCAUUGCGCGACGGUAUCCAUGUGGAGCUGCGCAAGCUCCUCGAGGCGAGUGAGGCCAAUGUGCGCAAUGGCCUGGCCAUGCGCUUCGCGCUCUAUCUCCUCAUCCAGCUGUUCCGCGAGACGAUGAAGGACGACGAGGAGAAGGUCCUCGACAAGGACAAGUGGCUGUCCCAAAUCACCACCACCAUCCAUGACACGGCCGCGGACAAUACCAUCCGCUAUAAGACCGGCGCCGUCAUCACAGACGCGCUCGCGCAGGCGCCGUGGGGCAUGGAUGCCUCUGCAUCUAAUACGACCCGCACCAUCAACUCCAUCUUCGAUGGCAUGCGCAGCUUCGCGCGCACACUCAACACCGCGCUCCACCAAGAGGAGCAGAAAGGCACCAUUCUCGCGGACUAUGAUGUCGACGAGAAUAAGUCCGACGAAGAAGAGGACGGCGAGUUCGAGGGCGAUGCCACUGGCACCACGGCUGCCGGCAAGAAGCCAGCGCGCCCACAGAAAGGCGGAGAUGCCAACUCGCGCGACAAUCGAGGCAACCAUCGCCACGCUCCCGGCGAUACGCACAUGCGCACUCGAGAAGGUUGCCGGCAACAGAUGGAUAAGAUGGUGGGACUGACGCGGGCCGGGCUGGAUAAGCGGAUCGAGGCGAAAAUCGAGGAACUGGAGAAGGAGAUUGCCGCCAAGGCGUUGAUGCAGCUAUCCCAGGGAUAG